CUGUGCCUGGACAGGCCGGCAGAGUGUGUUGUCCGGGUGGUCCCAGGGUGGUGGGAAGGCACAGGUGGGGCCCAUCACCUGGGGCUCAUGGGGCCUCUGGCUGACGAGGGAGCUGCUAGGUGUCCUGCCCCAGACAUGUCCAUCCACAGCUCACCUGUGGGUGGCACGUGGCUCCGGAACUGGGGUGUCAUCUGCUGCCUGCUAGGAUUCCACCAAAGUGGAGGAACUGGGUCUAAACCAGACGCGUGGAUGGAGGACUGGGCAUCCCAGCUGGGUACACUGAGGGAGGAUUGUGCAUCCCAGCUGGGCGCAUGGACAGGGACUGUGCAUCUCAAGCAACCUCCCUCAUGUCCCUGGGGCUCCCUGUUGGGCGCUCUUGGCCUGUCUGUGCCAGGGCAAGGCGAUGUCCUUGGGGCAGGGUGCAUAGUACAGUUGCUGGAAUGCAGACGGCUGUCCAGCGAGGCAACAUGUCUGACCAUGUGCUGGUCUCACAUCCGUGCCACCUGCUGAUGGGUCCUACAACUUGUGCCACAUUGACUAAGCAAAACUGGCUCCCGCACCCGCUCCUUACUCCUCACUACCUGGAGGGUUGGGGGUGUAUCUCCAUAGACAACCAACCCCAAAGCACACUGCUUCUGCACAUUUGCCCCAAGUCACGCUGUGAAACCAAUCUUCUAGUUUCCCUCAGUAUACCCCAACAGGAAGCAAAGUGGGCGGUGGUAGCCUUCCAAUCCUUUAAUUUGCUUAGCAUCGGGCUCCUUCCUAAAAUUGAAUGUUUUACAUUUGUUCUCCAUUUCGUACAAUAUGAAAGAGCCAGGCAGGGAUGUCGCAGCCUCUGGUUUCCUGGCCAGGAGCCCUGUCCUGGCGUCCACCAGCUGGGUUGUGUGUGCUGUACUCCCUUCCUGUCGGGUGGCCGCCCCAGGGCCUGUCGCUGGGCACCGGCCGACAGUGCAUGACCGGCCUCAGGACCCCAAGGACACGUCCGGCAGAUCAAGGUGACAGGCGGCUGGCCGGCCGCCCGCCCCGCCCCUCCGCAGUGCGCCUGCGCUCUCCGGUCGCUCUUGCAGUGAGCCUGCGCUCUCCGCACCGCCCCUUCAGCAGUGCGCAUGCGCUCUCCGCCCUGCACUUGCUCUCGCCGCCUAGAUCCGUCCCUCCUCCAGCUCAAUGCGCAUGCUCAUCCAGCCCUCGCCGCUCCGCCCACGCCUCACUGCGCCUGCGUUCUCCCCGCCCACGGCUCUGUCUCCUGCAAGUCCUCCGCUACAGGGCUCCGCGUCGGUCGUCUGCUGCGGGGCUCGGAGCUCGGCGUCAGUCCUCUGCUAGGGGCUCUCUGCUGCGGGGGUCGGCGUCAGUCCUCUCCUGCGGCGCUCGGCGUUAUGGCCGCCCCUGUUCCCGAUGUGGAUGAGGACGAGUGUCUGCCCGAGUACCGUCACCUCUUCUCCCCGGACCUGCUCCGGGACCAGGUGGCCUUCAUCACUGGCGGCGGCUCUGGGAUCGGGUUCCGCAUUGCGGAGAUUUUCAUGCGGCAUGGCUGCCACACGGUCAUCGCCAGCAGGAGCCUGCCCAGAGUGUCGAUGGCUGCCAAGAAGCUGGCUGCAGCCACCGGCCAGCGAUGCCUACCCCUGGCUAUGGAUGUCCGGGCUCCCCCAGCCAUCAUGGCUGCCGUGGACCGGGCCCUGCAGGAGUUUGGCAAAAUCAACAUUCUUGUCAACUGUGCGGCGGGGAACUUCCUGUGCCCUGCCAGCGUGCUGUCCUUCAAUGCGUUCAGGACUGUAAUGGACAUCGACACUAUGGGCACCUUCAACGUGUCUCGCGUGCUCUACGAGAAGUUCUUCCGGGACCAUGGGGGGGUGAUCGUCAACAUCACAGCCACCCUAGGUUUCCGGGGGCAGGCGCUGCAGGUGCAUGCUGGCUCUGCGAAGGCGGCCGUGGAUGCCAUGACCCGGCACCUGGCUGUGGAGUGGGGUCCCCAGCACAUCCGUGUCAAUAGCCUGGCCCCAGGCCCCAUCCGUGGCACAGAGGGGAUGCGGCGACUGAGUGGCCCCAUGGCCAGCAGGAGCCCACAUGUCCUCAGCAGCCCGAUGAGGAGGCUGGGCAACAAGACGGAGAUUGCUCACAGCACACUCUUCCUGGCCAGCCCACUGUCGUCCUACGUGACUGGGGCCCUGCUGGUGGUGGAUGGCGGUGCGUGGCUGACGUUCCCCAACCAGGUCACAGACCGCGUGAACUCUGCCUCUGCUGCUAAGCUGUAGCUCCCUGCUUGUGGCCUGGGAAAGCAGUCGAGGACGGCCC